AUGGUGCGCAGCGCCCUGCUCGUGCUGCUGGCUGUGGCGGCCGCCUCGGCCCAGUAUGAUCUGCCCGGCGGCUACCUGCCGCCCCAGUGUCCGCCGGCGCCGGCUCCCGUCACUAAGACCGAGGUCCAGUACGUGACGCGCACCACGGUCAAGCCCGUGGUGCGCCCCGAAGUCCGCUACACCACCAAACAGGUGGUCUCGUCGCGGGUGGUGCCCUCUGAGAUCGUGUCGACGGUCGUCACCCAGCAGCCCACCUACGUGUACCGCACUGCCGUCGUCACCAAAACCGAGCUGCGCUACAGCACGAGCGUCGUCCAGAUCCCCGGACAGAAGCGCGUCGUUCAGAACACCCUCACCAAGCCGGUGAACAAGGAGGUGGUGACUGACGUCUACCGGACCGUGUACACGACCCUGGUGCAGCCGACCACCCUGGUCAAGACCAGCAUCGUCACCAAGGUGAACGUGGAGAGCAAGUACGUGCCCAAGUACAUGCAGGCGGUGACGACGGUGGUGGUGCCCGGACCGACCGUGUACCUCACCAAGACGAAGCAGGUGGUGCGCACCAGCGUGGACUCGCGCCAGCAGCCGGCCGUCUACCGCACCAAGUACGUGACGGCCUACACCAGCGUGUACCGCACCGUGCCCGUGCCGGGACCCACCGAGACCUACCUCCGCACCGUCUACCAGACAAAGCCGGUGGUGCGCACCGAGGUGCGCUACAGCACCCAGGUGCUCACCAAGACGGUGCAGCAGCGCGUGCCGGUCGAGGUGACGGUGACGAGCACUCAGUACACCACCCAGGUGGUGCCGCGGGUGAUCUACAGUACCAAGUACGUGCCGCAGUACUACACCAAGACGCAGAUUGUGGACGUGCCUCGUGUGGUGACCGUCACCAACAUUCGCACAAUCAGCAGCCGCGUGCCGGCCUACCCUGUUUACCGGACCAAGUACAGCACGGGCGUCCAGUACAGCACGGUGCCGGGCCAGGUGCGCCAGCAGGUUCAGUACAAAACCGUCACCGACUACACCACCAUCUACAGCACGGCCACCCGCGUGGUGCCCCAGUACACCACCAAGACGGAGACCGUGAAGAAGCCGUGCGGCUACAGCUACCCCGAGCCCAGCAACCCUCUCCGCUUCUAG